AUGUCGGCACCAGAGUUAACCGAGGUUAGAGCACCUAUUGACCUUGAUGGUCUCCGCACUUACUUGAGUAAAGUGUCAAACUCAACACCCGAAACACAAAUUGGCUAUAAUGCCCAAGUGCCACGCUCAUUCCAAACAAUCAAGCAAUUCACGUUUGGCCAAUCAAACCCAACUUAUUAUCUUGAAGAUGAUCAAGGUCGAUCUUUUGUACUUCGUCGGAAACCAUCGGCCAAUGCGAAGUUGAUCCAACGUUCGGCUCACGCUAUUGAAAGAGAGUUUUUCAUCUUGAAUGCAAUCAACAUGCUCAAUCAAGAUGCUGAGCUCAAAAUCCCUGUGCCACAGGUCCAUUUGCUUUGCGAAGACGAAGGUGUUAUAGGCUAUGUUUUCUACUUGAUGGAGUAUGUCAAUGGAAUCCAAUUGAAGAACCCUAGCUUGCCGGAAUUUUCGCCAGAGGCUCCAGAGAGACAAGUUAUUUGGGAGUCCAUUUUCCAGACCAUAGCUGCAAUCCACUUGCUUGAUGCUGAACAGCUUAUCAAGCUUCUCCCAGCUUCCCAUUUCCCACAAUUCCAGAAUUUGGACAAGUUGCGCAACACGACGUAUUUCCAGCGUCAGAUCAAGACAUUAGGUGCUAUCCACAAGAAACAGUCUACUCACGUUGACAAAAUACCCAACUGGGACAAAAUAACCGAGUUUUUGUUGCAAAAUGCUCCUCGUGACCCAUCCAAACUUUCGCUUAUCCAUGGUGAUUGCAAAAUCGACAAUUUCUUAUUUGAUCCUAAAACGUACAAAGUAAGUGCGGUCUUGGAUUGGGAAUUGUGCACCAUUGGCCAUCCCUUAUUUGACUUGAGCAACUUUCUCCAACCGUAUGGAUUACCGCAACAAUUCAAUGCAAUGUUGUACAAGACCAAGCCCAAUAAGCUGUCUUUGAGUUUCGGGAUGGAAGACCCUUCUUCGCAGCAAUUUCUUCGCAAGCAAUUGCAAAAUUAUAACAAGCUAGUGACGUGGGAUACGCGCGAUCCACAAAACAACCCUCUAGACAAGUGGAAUGUUGGACACGUCUUUGGAUUGUUGAGAUUGAGUGUUAUUUCUCAAGGUAUUGCAAUGAGAGUUAAAAUGGGCAAUGCAUCAAGCGCACUGGCUGAGCAGUAUGCCAAGAUGUAUCCAUAUUUGAGCCAGUUGGCAACAGACGUUAUUGAUGAGCAAGAAAAGCAAGAAAAGCAUAAAGGGAAAUUAUAA